CCCGGGCAGGGGCUCGGCUCUCUCCUUACUUGGCGGUUCUGGGCUGAGCAGGCCCCUGGGAGCACGGCCGGGCACCGGGAGGACCCUGCCCCACACGGGAAUGGAGCGUGGCAGAGCCCCCGCCCACGGCAGCACAUCUCGCGGCAUCCCGGUGCGACCGCUGCUCCCCGGGACCGAGGGGAUACAUCCCUGGGGAAGUCGCCGUUCCCCGGCACCGCAAGCCCCGCGGGGACCUCGGGGACCGGGACAGGGCAGCCGGGCCGGCCCGGGGCCGGUGCGGGCGGGGGUGUCCGGCGGGGGAGGGACCGACGCGGCGAGGGGCUCCACCCCCGGGGCUUAAAGAUCGGGGCGGGCGAAGCGCGGCCGUCCCGGGGAAGUUUUGCCCGAGUUGCCGCCAGUUCAGACCGGGAGCGGAUCCAGGAGCGAGAUCGGGAGCGGGAGUGGCGCGAUCGGAAGCUACCGGGAGCCGGUGCCCCUCGGGGUGACACGCACCCCCCGCCCACCCUCCAUCCCUCUCUGCCCUCGGUGCCGGUGAUGACCCUGAACACGCAGCCCGGGAACAAGAGCCCGCUGCGGCGGAGGGCCAGCACCCCGCUCCCGAGGCCGGGGGGCACCGGGGCCACCUCGCGUCGGGAGCCCUGUCACCCCCAGCUCGGCCACACCGCCUCCGAGCCGGGCGGCAGGGUCCCCCGCGGCAGCUGGUCCUCCGACUCCUCGGGCUCCUCCGGCCCCCGGGAGCCCCGGUACCGGGUCGUACUGCUGGGUGACCCCGGCGUCGGCAAGACCAGCCUGGUCAACCUCUUCGCUGGCGUUCAGGAGCGGGACCUGCUAGAGCAGCACGGAGAGGCCGCAUACGAACGCACGCUGACCGUGGAUGGAGAGGAGACCACGCUGCUGGUGCUGGACAUCUGGGAGCCGGAGCAGCGGGGUGAGGAGAGCCGGCGCCGCAGCCAUUGCCUGCAGGUGGGGAAUGCCUACGUCAUCGUCUACUCCAUCACCGACCGGGGCAGCUUCGAGAGCGCCUCGGAGCUGCGCAUCCAGCUGCGCCGGGCGCGCCAGGCCGAGGACAUCCCCAUCAUCCUGGUGGGGAACAAAACCGACCUGGUGCGGUGCCGCGAGGUCUCCGUCGAAGAGGGCCGGGCCUGUGCCGCCGUGUUUGACUGCAAGUUCAUCGAGACAUCGGCGGCUCUGCAGCACAACGUGGCCGAGCUCUUCGAGGGGGUGGUGCGGCAGAUCCGCCUGCGCCGCGGGGGAAAGGAGUCCCACCCGCACCCUGUGCCCGGCCAGAAGCACAAGGAAAGCCUCAGCAGGAGAGCCCGGCACUUCCUCGACAGGCUGGUGGCCAGGAACAGCAGCAAGGGGGCCCUCAAAGUCCGCUCCAAGUCCUGCCACGACCUGUCUGUGCUCUGAGAGCCACCAUCCCGUCCCUCUGAACACGCUGGCUGGGACUCUCCUCUUCCAACAGCGUGGCCAGCAGCUCCAUGGAGAGCCCAGACAGGACUGGAGCGAUGCUGAGGACAUGGAGCUGUUUUCACCAGUGCUCAGGGUUGCUGAGGUGCUGUGGAUCCAGCUGCUUCCCCUUCAGGAGAGGGGACAAGUCAGACUGAGUCCAUGGAGCGGAGGGUGGGACAGGUACUUGUGCUUGAGGUGAUGGGAUUUUGGAUCCCAGCUGCUCCUGGGGAGCCAGAGGUGAGGGGUGGCCAUGCCCCAGUGCAGGGUUGGAGGUUGCCAGGAGCAUGGCAGGUCCUGCUCGUGGUGCCCAUCCUUUGCAGGGCAUAGGGACUGGCGAGAACACCAUAGCAGUGUCCACCUCGGACUUCCUGGAGCCUGGCUGGGGAGAGGGGACAGGGGAGCAUCGCCUGGCACCCUGGCCCUGCUGUGCCAGGGCUUUGUGCCACGUGUCCCUGGCACCAGUGUUUCUCGGAUGGAGGGUUUUGUGAUGUCUCUGUACUGGUGCGAUGGGGAAACCCUCAAUCUGCAGAAUAAACCGCA